GCGACACCGUGCAGCCAUUUCCGGUUUCGGGGAGGUGGGUGGGGUGCGGAGCGGGACUUGGAGCCGCGGCUGCUGCCUGAGCCGCCGCCUACAGAGUAUCUUGCGCCUGGUGCUGCCUGGACCAUGCGGCCGGAGCCCGGAGGCUGCUGCUGCCGUCGCCCGGUGCGGGCAAACGGCUGCGUGGCGAACGGGGAAGUGCGGAAUGGGUACGUGAGGAGCAGCGCUGCCGCCUCUGCCGCCGCAGCUGGCCAGAUCCAUCAUGUUACACACAAUGGAGGACUCUACAAGAGACCGUUUAACGAAGCUUUCGAAGAAACGCCCAUGCUGGUCGCUGUGCUUACUUAUGUGGGGUACGGGGUGCUCACCCUCUUCGGGUAUCUUCGAGAUUUCCUGAGGCACUGGAGGAUUGAAAAGUGCCACCAUGCGACGGAAAGAGAAGAACAAAAGGACUUUGUGUCAUUGUACCAGGAUUUUGAAAACUUCUACACAAGGAACCUCUACAUGAGGAUUAGAGACAACUGGAAUCGGCCCAUCUGCAGCGUGCCUGGGGCCCGUGUGGACAUCAUGGAGAGAGAGUCUCACGAUUACAACUGGUCGUUCAGGUACACAGGGAAUACAAUUAAAGGUGUUAUAAACAUGGGUUCCUACAACUAUCUUGGAUUUGCACGGAAUACUGGAUCAUGUCAAGAGGCAGCUGCCAAAGUCCUAGAGGAGUACGGAGUUGGUGUGUGCAGCACUCGGCAGGAAAUUGGAAACCUGGACAAGCAUGAAGAACUAGAAAAGCUUGUGGCGAGUUUCUUGGGAGUAGAAGCUGCUAUGGCAUAUGGCAUGGGAUUUGCAACAAAUUCAAUGAACAUCCCUGCUCUUGUUAGCAAAGGUUGCUUGAUCCUGAGUGAUGAACUGAACCAUGCGUCGCUGGUGCUGGGCGCCAGGCUCUCAGGAGCAACCAUCCGGGUCUUCAAACACAACAAUAUGCAAAGCCUAGAGAAGCUAUUGAAAGAUGCCAUUGUGUAUGGUCAGCCUCGGACAAGAAGGCCCUGGAAGAAGAUUCUAAUCCUUGUGGAGGGAAUAUAUAGCAUGGAGGGAUCUAUUGUCCGCCUUCCUGAAGUGAUUGCCCUUAAGAAGAAAUACAAGGCGUACUUGUACCUAGACGAAGCUCACAGCAUUGGGGCUCUGGGCCCCACAGGUCGAGGUGUGGUAGAUUACUUUGGCCUGGAUCCUGAGGAUGUGGACGUUAUGAUGGGAACAUUCACCAAGAGCUUUGGUGCUUCUGGAGGAUACAUUGGAGGCAAGAAGGAGCUGAUAGACUACCUGCGGACACAUUCUCACAGCGCAGUGUACGCCACGUCACUGUCGCCUCCCGUGGUGGAGCAGAUCAUCACCUCGAUGGAGUGCAUCAUGGGGAAGGAUGGCACCACCCGAGGCAAAGAGUGCAUACAGCAGUUAGCUGAAAACACCCGGUAUUUUAGGAGGCGUCUGAAAGAGAUGGGCUUCAUCAUCUAUGGGAACGAAGACUCCCCGGUGGUGCCUUUGAUGCUCUACAUGCCAGCCAAAAUCGGUGCCUUUGGACGGGAGAUGCUGAAGCGGAAUGUUGGAGUGGUUGUGGUGGGAUUUCCUGCCACCCCGAUUAUUGAGUCCCGAGCCAGGUUCUGCCUGUCUGCCGCUCAUACCAAAGAAAUUCUUGAUACUGCUUUAAAGGAGAUAGAUGAAGUUGGGGACCUGUUACAGCUGAAGUAUUCCCGUCAUCGGUUGGUACCUCUGCUGGACAGGCCUUUCGAUGAGACUACAUAUGAAGAAACGGAAGACUGAGCCUUUUUGGUGCUCCCUUAAAGAAACUCUUUCUCACCCAGGACAGUGUGUGGCCUUUCUGAGCCAGUUCCAGGAACCACACCUCUGUGGCCGUCUCAUGUGAAAGACAUUUUCUCAACUACUGACGGUGGCCACCUCUACUCUACAUGGCAUUUUGUAAAUAGUGGGGAAAAACUGCUUCACAUCUUCCUUUGCUGCAUUGCACCUUUUAAAAGAGGUGACUCACUUUGCUUUUUUGUUCAUUAAAAAUGUUUUAUUUUAUAACUAUUCUGCUUGUGCAGUCACGCUGACCCUAGCCUGUCUCUGCUAACCGCACAGGCCGUCACCCUGUCGCAGCCGCCUCCCAGGCCUGCGCCAGCCCGGAGCGCCUGCUGGCCCCGCCCACCUCCCCAGGGAGCAAGUGCCUUCCACUUCCUUCCACUCCGGAUCUCGGAGGUUGCCAACCUUGGGACCCUUAUUUAGCCAGUCAAGUAAUCAUCCGAAGUGUUCUCCUUUUUGUUUUAAGUUCAGCCUUUUAAGAAAAACAGUAAAUGCUAACCAUGCUGAAAUUCCCCCUCAUUGUGUAACUCCCCCUGGUCUAGAGCCUCCCAAGGCUUGGUCUUGCUCCAGUUUCUGGAAUGAAACAGGGAUUUCUUCCUUCAUCAUCACACACUUCUCCAUGACGGUCAUUGUCUGAGGGGGUGUGUCCAGUUUCUGGGUUCUUCCCAAGUUCUGAUGUAAUACCCCAGCCUCCUAUUUAGAACACAUCCAACCUCUUUGGCGAAGCUGACUUGCACUUCGCCACCCUGGGUACGAAGCUGCUCCGAGAAGGGACGUGCAGUGCACUCUGGCUGGAAGCAGCGUGGAAGAGCUGGUCACUGCCUGGGGAUCGGCUGUGGUUUACUCCUCACUGCUUGCUGCUGUUCAGAGUUGUGUCAGCUUCUGCCUGGGUCUGGGCCCAGGUUAUGAUUUAAACUGAUAGAGGCAAAUACUAUUGGUAAAUCCUCUGCUCAGAAAUCAUUUGUCCUGUUGCUACUUAAGGAUUAAAGCUAUUAAUUUCGCCUUCUUAGAAGUUGACCCACCUAAAUAUUACUCUUCCGAGUGUUCUUUUUCUAAUGUUUUAAAAUUGAUUCCAUAGAGGAAAAGAGAGGAACAUUGAUUUGUUAUUCUGCUUAUUUAUGCAUUCAUUGGUUGAUUCUUGUGUGUGCACUGACUGAGGAUUGAAUUCACAACCCUGGGGUAUCGGGAUGGCCCUCUAACCAGCUGAGCUACCUGGCCAGGACCAAGGGCUAAUUCUCUUUACUCUUGAUGUCCUAAGACAAUUCUAACCUGACUUUGGGGGUUUAGGGUUUCCCUUGCCUUCUAUUACCCUUUUUGUUUGUUUGUUUGCUUGUUUUAACACUUCUGUCUUUGCCAAACGGGGAUCCCCUCGUCUUGGACUCUCUUUUCAUACCAGGUGGGAGGCUUCUUUCAGAGAGCUUUCACUGCUUGAACCAAAGAACAAAUCUGAAGCUCACCAUAUUGAAGUUCUUUCUCUUUUUCUGUUAACCAAAGCUCAAGUGGAAAAAGCUUUUGACUUUGUUAUACCCAAGAUCAGCUUGUGUUUAAGUCGCCAUCGGGUACUAUAGGGAAGGUCUGGGAACACAAUGGAAAAGAAUUGGGUGGAAGUGCUUGUGCACGUUUCUGUUUCUGAAACCACUCCUUUUACUGGUAAGCAUUUGCAGACCAGACUCUCUUGGGCGGCUUGUCAUGAGCUACGUCUGCGCUGCUGCAUGUAGGGGAGGAUGUAAGCAGUAUUACUGUUUGUGAAAUUUUGUUUUCACGUCUUAAGUUAGUUGUCUUCCUCACUCUCGGCAUCUGAGAGCCUUAAGCCCUUGCAAUAGUCCAAGGUUUCAUUUUAGUUUUGUUUGUUUUUUUAAUUUUUAUUUAUUCAUUUUUAGAGAGAGGGGAAGAGAAGGAGAGAGAAAUAUCAAUGUGUGGUUGCCUCUCGUUUGUCCCCUGCUGGGAACUGGCCUACAACCCAGGCAUGUGCCCUGACUGGGAAUCGAACCGGGGUUGUUUGGUUCGCAGGCCCACACUCAAUCCACUGAGCCACACCAGCCAGGGCCAUUUUAGUUUUUUUAAAGAAUAGUGAAGGGUGAGUAAAAGAACCAACUAGAUAUGCAGGGACUAUAUGUAGCAUAUAGAAGUUGCAGUAAGACAAAUUGUGGUAACCAAGUAACGAGUCCUGUAAAAUAAAGUACAUUGUUAGCCUUUCCUGUGCAUCUAGUUCCUCACCAUGGAACCCACUAGAAUACCAGAUGGCUUUUGCACUGCAGUUACUAUGUAAUGGUAUAGGGUUUGCAAAAGUCACAAACUUUAAGCAACAGCUCACCUGCUAGUGUUUUUAUUUUGGCUUGCGUGAAGUCACUGCAAUAUAAAAUAUCAGUUAAAAGGAGCAUUUGAAAAGUUGUGUAUCACUUUGCUGGCACAGUUAUUUCAGGAUAAAUGUAGUUAAACUACAGGUUUAUUUUGAAGAAAUGUAAGUCCUGUGAUCUCUCCAGGGCCUCUUCUUUCUGGAGGACAAAACAUUAUUCACGCUGGUUGUCUCUUCUUGAAACUGUAAUAUAAAUCUAGGGUCCAGUCAUAUAACAAGUACCACUUAUCCAAGAACUUGGGGAAACACAAGUGUGUGCGAUUACAGUUAUCAGAAAUGAAUAGAAAUCCGGAACAUGUAAGUGUUGUGUAGUGCGUGGUUUAACGCAGCCUUGAGAAUCGGACGGGACUCAAAGGCGCACCGGCUAACCAGGACUUCCAAAGCUGGUAACCAGAAUCAGCCAGUACAGGUGUGACUAGUGCUUAACACGUUUUCUCACCCCUCUUUCGAGCAUUGCCUCGGUCCAUUUCAGGUUUAUGAGACCUUUGUCUGCAGAUCACAUCGAACCCAGAAAAUCUAUAAUGAGGGGUCAUCGAAUCACAGGUGCAGGAUGGGGCAAGUGGCAGAGAGUCCUCCCACCUUUACCUGAGAAUAUAAUGUACCUCUUACAGCAAGUAAAUGUGGAAAACGUCCAGGGGCUAGGGGGCACUUUUUUACCUUACUGCUUUGCUUUGGAAAAUACCUUCUCUCUAUAAAACGUUCUAGCCUCCAGAACCCCAGAGUGCUGCCGGCUUGUUUGAAGAACUCGGCAUCUUAGUCUUUCAGUCACUCUCUUAAACUGUGACGAAGGGUGAGGAUUUCAGGCGGGCCGAACACGCUGCUCCCUCGUGUAGUCACAUAGGGAACGGGAGCAUCCUACACACCGCGGUGGGCUGUGCGUUUGCCUCACGCCCCGUCAGAAGCCAAGGAAUAGAAGAGGCGUCCGAGGACUUGUCCUGCAGUCCCUCCCUCCUGUAGCUGGCCUUUCUUUCUCUCUCUCCCUCCCUCCCCAUUCUUGACUUGCAGAAUUCCAACUCCAGGGAUAACUGGUCUGCGGCAGUGCUGUGUUGGGACAGUCGCUAAGUCAGAUUCCUUGUACACGCAGCCUUAGGUUUCAGGAGGAGAUGAGGGCCUCCUUUCUUCCCUACUUGAGGGAGCCUGCAUCUAAGCUUAAGACGAGCACGGUCCAGUGGAGUGUUGUCAUGUGGAAUGCACUUCGCUUCCUUCCUCUUAGUGAAAACCAGGAGGAAGAUUGGCUUACUUACGUGCAGGGAGAGGUUUCCUGGUUUCUCAGAGAAGGGGACAUAAAGGGACAUUUCCCCCUGCCUCCCUGUUUCUCCUCCCCCGCCCCCCGAGCCUCCCUUUGCAAAUUAAUGAGGCCCUCUGGUUCCUGGUCACACUAGACUGAACAGCAGCGCACAACUCCUGGCAAUGCCACAGACAGAGGAGAAAGAACUGGAGUGAUUCUUGUUUUGUAAGAAUGCAUAGGGAUGUGGCAAAGCCACCUGCAGAAAGUUCAAUACAGUGAACUGUCACCUGGUUCUCUAAGAAUCGCUGUGUCCUCAUUCCCAAGGUGUAUUUCCUAGUGUCCUAGGUAAGCCGAAAUGCAGUUAAUGUAACUCAUGUGGUUGGGGAGGGGAGAGAGUAGUGGUUUUCUGUCUGUCUGCCUUCACAAAGAUCAAGGACAAUUGUUGAGCAUUUCACACGGGUAAAAUCAGCGCAGUGAAAAGGGGUUGUAAAGGAGUAGUUACGAAAAUGAAAAGGUUCGUGGCACUUAAGCAGCUUUUUGCUUAAAUGGGAAAUGGGAAAAGCCGGUGUUCAUGCUGCCUGUCACCACCGGAACCAAAAAGUAAAGACAGGGAUUGAAUAGUUUAUGG